AUGAAAGAUAUCGUCAUCCUGCCAGCCGACAAGCGUCGCUUGGCUGAAGCCUUGGAUAAGACUGACUACAUGCUGAGACUACAAGGUCUGUUGGGGGAAAAAAACGCUUACCAGCUUUGGGGAGCUGGAGAGUUCAAGAAACACAUGAACAGCGUCAAGAUGGCGAUUGAUAAGUUAAAGAAGUCCGGGGCUCUCAUAAGAAGGGAGACUCUGGCCGCAAAAGCCACAUACGCCGCGAUGGCGCGUUUCUACGAUUUGCCAACUGUGCAUAAGCCAGGAGUGCCCCUUCGACCCAUCGUCUCCUUGCGUGACACUCCGUCGUUCGGACAGUCGAAGGGGUUCGAUCAGUUGUUCCGUUUUCUCACCGAGGAUUCUGAAUGUACAUUUAAGUCGGCUGGACAGUUUUUGAGGAACAUAAAGCAUCUAGAAAUAGAUUCAGAGUAG